GUCGACUUCCGCAUUUUUUCUCCAGUGAAGCAUGGCCGGAGAACCGUGGAACAGGGUAAACAUUGCUUUUCCCGGUGCUGUUUCUUGUGUUCGUGUUCAUUUCAACUCAACCACAGAUGCAAGUGUUAAAUCGCUGUUGGUGGAAAAUGGGAAGGUGCUUCAGCUUCUCCGCAGUGAGAUUCUUCAGACGGAGGUACGAGUUCUCUACGAGCUGCUGUACAUCCUAAAUAACAGCUACAGAGGCAACAAGACGUUCAAAGGCUUAAAGCAGGUUGAACAAUGCAUAAACAGGCUGAAGAACAUGAAGCUUGAUGUUGCUCUUCAGGAGCUGACAGAGCUGUGUCCCAACAGAAUUCAGAGAGGGCUGAGCAUCACGGCUGGUGUGUGUGAGCUCCCCAGUCAGCCCAUGCUGGAGUGGCUCUGUCUCAAAGUGCUGGGAGCUGCAAAGCUGAUGAGCUGCAUGUUGAAUCGCUGCAGUAGAGCUUUCUCACUAACAAAGCAGCAGAUGAAAUGGGAGGAGUUCAUCAUCUUGAAUAUGGUGAUCACCAGCCUGCUCAGUCGCCUCUGGGUGAUCUCCAGAGGGAUCCUGGUCAGCCUGUCCCCUCUGUACCAGCAGCUCCUGGAGCUCCUCAGACCGGUAGCCGACGCCCAGCCCAUGCCGUUCCUCACAGACUUCCCCCUGCCAGCAGAUAUGCUUCAGUUCCUGGGUCCUUCUGAUGCCUUAUUACUGACCAAAAAACUAGCAAAGGCCAAAGAAAUCAAGAAGAAGCGGAAGAAGAAGGAGCAGCAGAAGAAAGACAAGAAACCGGGAGUGGCGAGAAAGGUCAAAGAAGAUGUGGGUGUUACUGUUGAAAGAGCAAUAUGUCUGGAUGCGGGCAUGAAGCCUUUUCUCAAAGUUUUCAGGAACUUCACAGAAGGCAAAUCCUUCAAACAGAAAACACACAAGGCUGACCGUAAACUAAAGUUCAAGAAACAAAUGGGAGAGGCUGCUUCUUUCACAGACAUGGCGUCACAUCUAGAAGAAAUGAUCCCAUGGUGUGAAUCCCAGAAGAUGGAAAAGGAAAAGCGCUUUUUAAACUUCCUGCAUUUAAAGUGCCAGAGGAUGAAAUGCCUAGAGGCAGCCGGUUACAGGUAAGAGCCACACUGCACAAUACACACUCAGCCUCU